UGAAUAUUGCGAGAAGUGUGAAGCAUCAUUUUAAGGUAAAUUUUAAUUUUUUAACAUGGACCAUUGCAAAAAGGUAAAUAGGAAGAAAAAUCCAAGAGAAACGGCCAGUUUAGUCUCUAAAUUAAGUUUCGCAUACACGACAGGGCUCUUCAGGAAGGGCUUUAAAAGGGACUUGGAAGAACAGAACGUUUACGAUGUUAUCAAACCGUGUAAAUCCAAGACUUGCGGAGACAAAUUGGAGAAGCAAUGGUCAAUUGACAGUACCAAAUCCAAAUCCAUUUAUCGACUAUUAUGGAACAGGUUCGGUUGGAGAUACUUGUUCAUCGGAUUCGUGGAUUUAAUCUUUAAAAUAUCAAACAGUGUUCUAGAGCCGACAUGCAUUAGUAGCAUAGUAGAGAACAUGGAGGAACAAACGCCGGCCGCCCAACAGCAAACAUACAUUUGGGCGGCGGUUUUAAUAACAAGCAAUUUCAUUAACACCGUCUACACUCACAAUUGCAUGCUGUGGACGACGCAAUUGGGAAUGGAAAUGAGAACAGCCUUUUCCGCUCUCUUGUACAGGAAGGCUUUGAGGCUCACGCCGACCGCUGUGUCGAAAAUAAAUUUAGGAAACAUCGUCACGCUAAUCACUAAAGACGUCCAAUCGUUUCAACUGUCCAUUUGGAUGUUCAACGACAUGUGGAAUGGCACCAUACAGAUGUUUGUGUGCUGUUAUAUUUUGUACAACAAACUGGGGGUGUCUUCCCUUAUUGGUAUUGGGAUGAUUUUGAGCGUCCUGCCGUUACAAAUAUUCCUUAGUAAACUCAUCAAUAAAUUUAGAUAUGAAACUGGCAAAAAAACUGAUGAAAGAUUACAAGAAACGCAAGAAACCUUAUCCACAAUAAAGAUCAUCAAAAUGUACACCUGGGAACAAUUUUUUAGUAACAAGAUCAACAAAUCCAGACGAGAGGAAGCGAAGAAAAUUCUAAUUUCGUUCCACCUGAAAAUGACGCAAAUCGUCUCGGGUAUCUUAUUCUCGAAAUUGGGAUUCUACGUUUUCGUCAUGUCCUACAUCGGGAUGGGUUACAACGCCAACACGAUUUACAUAUUCUACGCCAUUGAUGUGUUCAAAGACCUCGAAUACAAUUUGGGCCAGCUGAUACCCUACGGAAUGGGCAGGGCCGCAGAACUAUUUUCCGCAAUACGAAGAAUAAACCAAGUGAUUUCAGCCGAGGAAUUACCGCCUAAAGUAGGAUCGGAGGAAGCGACUGAUCAGCCUAUAUUAGAGCUGAAGAACGCCAGCGUGCACAUCAACGACAACCUGGUGCUCAAUAAUAUUUCUUUUAGAGCCAAUUCCGGGUUGAUAUUGGUCACAGGAAAAGUCGGUUGUGGAAAAAGCUCAUUUCUCAAAUCCUUAUUGCAGGAUUACCCUCUAUCUGCAGGCUCCAUCAUGUCGCGCGGAAGGAUUUCCUACGCUUCUCAGGAUCCUUGGUUGUUUCCAUCCUCUAUCAAGCAGAAUAUUUUGUUCGGAGAAGAGUUCAAUGAAAAAAGAUAUUUAGAAGUAGUUAGAGUCUGCGCUCUGGAGUACGAUUUCAAAUUGCUUGACAAAGGCGACGAAACGAUCGUUUGCGAUCGCGGUUUGAACCUCAGCAAAGGCCAGCAGGCUAGAAUAAACUUAGCCAGGGCGGUGUACAAGGAGAGCGAGAUGUACCUGCUGGACGACUCCCUGACGGCCUUGGAUAGUCAGGUUCAGGAUUACAUUUUCAACGAAUGCAUCCGAACGUUUUUGGCGUCGAAGCUUUGCUUGCUGGUUACGCAAAACGUCGCCCAGAUCAAAGAAGCUGAUAACGUUCUGGUGUUGGAUAACGGGGAAAUAAAGAGUUUCGGUAGAGUCGAUAGUAAGGUAAUUGAGGAGAUAAGCGAGGCUGUUAAUGAGGUGAAAGAAACGCCACAUGAAAAGCAAAUUGAACAAGUCGAAGUUGAUGACGAUGAUGAUAUUGAUGACGUGUAUUCGGAGGAAACUAAAUUAUUGGAAGAAGUCGAACAAAGCAAUAAAAAAAGGGUGUACGCGGAAGUAACCAAGAAAGGGAAGGUUUCCUUCAGCAUCUAUAAGGAUUACCUAAUGUACGGUGGAGGAGUAUGCGCCUUGUUCUUGAACUUUCUUUUCUUUUUUUCUGCGCAAGCAACAGAGAGCUUUUCGGAUUAUAUAUUAGCAAGUUGGACAGACAAGAAGGAAGCGAUCCAGAACUAUCAAAACUCAACCCUCAAUCAAACCAUCGCCAAUCAAACUACAGUUAACCAAACUUUAUUAGAGUUGGAGGAGCAAGCUUCACUAAGAUUGCAUUUGUAUUCAGGCAGCAUAUUUUUAUUGGCGCUGCUAAAUCUUAUCCGUACGUACUCGGUUCUUGAACUAAGCAGAAGAGCGUCGGUAAAUAUCCACAAAGUCAUAAUUAAGAAGAUAAUAAACGCUCGUAUGGCAUUUUUUGACACCCACUUCUUAGGAAACAUACUCAACAGAUUCUCGAACGACUUCUGCAAUGUUGACGAGCAAAUACCCUUCGUUAUAUUCGAGGUGUUAAGGGUAUUAUUUGAACUUGGCGGUAUUUUAUUCAUUUUGGUCAGCUUAAACGGAUCAUUUCUAAUAUUCGCCAUAAUUUUAUUUUUCCUUCUACUAGUAUUACGAAAGUACUAUUUGCCAACAGGUCGUAGCCUGAAGCGACUGGAAGCCACAACUAGAAGUCCGAUGGUGGGACAUCUUAACGCCUCUUUGGAAGGUCUCACCACGAUUAGAGCGUACAAAAUGCAAACUCUUUUAAUCGACGAGUUCGAUAGACACCAGGAUUUGUUCACGUCCGCCCAUUACAUGUGGCAAUGCACCACAAUGGCUUUCGGCUGGGCUAUGGACUUCUGCUGCGCCAUCUUCAUCGCUUGUGUUGUUCUUUCGCUCGUCUUGCUCGAUUCGAAUUAUACCGCUGGACAAGUCGGUUUGGCGAUAACUCAAGUGAUAGCGCUCUCGGGAGAAGUGGAAUGGGGGGUCCGCCAGUGGGCCGACCUGGAAAGCCUCAUGACGUCGGUGGAGCGGUUGUUGGAGUACGCGCAAAUAAAAACGGAAAGUCCGGAAGGGAAGGAAUUGAGCGAUUGGCCGAGAGAUGGGGCCGUAACGUACGAGAACGUGUCUCUGAGCUACAACGACAGCGAGUUGGUGUUGAAGAAUUUAAGUUUCUCGAUCGCGCCCAGGGAGAAGGUCGGCAUAGUGGGCAGGACGGGAGCGGGAAAAUCGUCGAUAAUUUCGUCGAUAUUUCGCCUGUACGAGGUCGAGGGAAAUAUAUUCAUCGACGGUAUGAGCAUAAGGGUGCUGUCGAUGAAGUUCCUGAGGAAGAAAUUAGCGAUCAUACCGCAAGAUCCCGUGCUGUUUUCUGGCACAAUAAGAACUAAUUUGGAUCCUUUUGAAGAGUACUUAGAUGAAGAUCUGUGGGUAGCUUUAGACAAAGUGGGUUUAAAGAGUAUAAUAUACAGUUUGAGCCAGAGCGUUAAGAGCCACGCUUCGACGUUCAGCUCGGGACAAAGGCAGUUACUAUCGGUGGCUAGGGCUAUACUGCGUAGAAGCAAAAUAAUUAUUCUUGACGAAGCCACUGCCAAUAUGGAUAAUGACACCGAUGUCAUGCUUAACGAAAUCAUCAGAACAAAUUUCAGCGAUUGCACUGUUUUGACCAUAGCUCACAGGUUGGAGACGAUUUUAGGUAGCGAUAGGGUGAUGGUUUUAGACAGAGGCGAGAUCAGAGAAUUCGAUGCACCUCGCAUGUUGUUGAAAAAUGAAGACGGGAUGUUUUAUAAGUUAGUCGAGCAAGCUGGAUUGCUUAAUUAUUUAAAUGACAAAUAAACGAUUUUAGGUAAAUCGUUAAAUGUAACGGCUGAUUUAAAUAGUUAAUUAAUUUUAAUUAAAUGUAAAUAUAAUAUGCAUGUAUACUAUAGGUUCUUUUAAUUAAAUUGUGUAUAUUCA